AUGUUCGGCUGGUUCAAGUCUUCCAACGAGUCCAAGCCCACCCAGGAGCAGGAGCCUACCUGGAAUGCGGCCUCUAUGGCCAUGGAACAGCCCUCCAACACCCAGGCCAUGUCUCCUACCAACGUCGUCUCCCAGCAACCUAACCCCGAGUCCAUGAAGAUGGAACUCCGCGGUGGCGGUGAAGGUGGUGAUAUCUGCUGUGGAAUCUGCGCUGGUCUCGCCUGCUUCGAGUGCUGCGAGUGCUGCUGCUAG